AUGUCGAAGCUCCAACGAUUAUACCAAAAGUCAUAUUCCCGACGUCGUCGAUUUUCUCUAGAAGCUAUCGCCUUCUUAGUAAAUUUCAGCAUUCUAACACCUGCACUACGUCUUGUUAUUUGUCUUUACAACUUAUUCCCAUCCAUUGCUUUCCGUCACUAUCGAGCCCAUCCUCUUACACUCUACGAACCGGAGCGAAUUUCUAUACUUCCGCUGCGUAGGAGAAUGGCCAGAUUCCUAGCGUUAGAAGAUGCAAGCCGUGGACCCCUGACUACCCACUACAAACCUAGUCCAUAUCAAUGCACUGUGGUCAUCUCCCUUAAACUGCGGAUCUCCCCUGGCGCUCUCAACCAUUUCCUACCAACCUGCACAGUCAGGCCAAUUCUAAGCACUGACAUAAGCCUUUUUUCGCCAUUAGAAUGUAGGCUCGUAGGGGAAACCACAAGGCCUCUUGCAAAUAUGCAAAUUUCCAGGAAGACUGAAGGUCCUGUCCAAUUGACCAGGCAACGGCAGGCCCGUUUGCCGAUCACUCCUCAAAUCAACCGCUUAGCUGCGCCUGUUAAGAUAUCGAGAGAACAACAUGGUAAGCUACACUCAAAUGGCUUAGAGCUUACGCAUUUAUACCCUUCACUACGCUUCCUGUCCAUUGUCCGUUUACUCAAAGGUCUCCUGCUUGCCUUUUUGGCCACCCAUUUUUGCGCACAAGGUGAGGUUGAACUAUCUGCCAGCACCCACAGUGACACCCCGCCUUCAGGACCCGUGCUAGCAACCCCAGCUUCGUAA